UCCCCGCGCUUUUCGUCCAUGCGUCAGGACGUGCCUCUCUUCUCUUUUCUUGUUCCUUCGCUUGUUGCAUCGCGUAGAAUCGCGGUUCGCGUGCGCCAUCACGAGCCUAUGUAUCAUGCGUGUACUGCAUCGCGCGUUGUUGUAUUGAGAGUGAGUGUUCUGCGAGUAUGAUCGCGUUGUACGCAUCUUUGUUGCAUCCGUCACGUGGAUUAUCGCCGGCCCAACGAAACGGACGUCGCGUCGGGGGAUUUUUGUUCGACUGUAAGUGAAUCCUGUACACGACCGACGAAAUCGAGAAAGACGCAUUGUAGUUAUCGAAAUGCCGAAGAAUUGCCAAGAUAUUUUUCUACGGAGAUAUUGUAUGUUCUCCGUAACUCUAAAGUUUACGUAUCGCGCGUGAUGCAUAUACAGUUGAUAAUAUCCGGAAAGAUUGAAACUAUCUUCAUGAAAGAAGGAUGCAACGCAUCUCAUGAAGACUGAUAAGAUGAUAGAACGGCUCGUCUUACAAAUAGUUGACACGGUGUCGUGUGUACAUCAUUGAAAAUCGAAGAUCGCUCCUUCGAUCGGGGGUGGUGGCGAUGUUCAGGAACGAGUAUUUAAGCAGGACACGGAACUACGCGAGAGCUGUUAAGAAAAGGACCGUGGUAUAGUCUUAUUGGGCUAUUAUGACGGACUAUUUGGAUCCACAUUUUGUUCGGGCUCUCUGCCGUGAUCCAGAAAGACGGACUCUCCAGGACUUGCAAAUCAUAUAUUAUGGGUUACUGGGUCUGGAGGCAUUACGUCCAUGCAGAGACUCCGUUCUUCGCGGGCUCUGCAAAAUCGUACGUUACGAGAGACACCAUGCAAACCAUGUCCUCUAUUACACCGGCGAAUUGGCUACAAGUUGGUACAUACUUCUUUCCGGCUCUGUAUUCAUCGAUGGAUCCAUGUUUCUUCCUCGUUCAAGCUUCGGGAAGCGGACGGGCGGCAGCGCCAGGAGACCCAACGAAUGCUUCGUCCUCGAGCCCUCCGAGAUGAUUGUCAUCGACUACCCGGAAGUCCAUGGUGGAGGGAGGAUGCAUCGACCACCGCAUCCCCAUCCCAUAACCGACCAUCGACAGGUCAAUCUGGUCUUCGAUGACACGUUCUCACAGGGCCUUACAGGCAGACCAGAGCUAUAUCAGAAAUCAAACAGGAGCAGUCAUUCAAGUGACACAAGUUCAGCAUACAGUGGAUCCGACACUAUGACGUCUGUACAAAGUUCGUUAGACGCAGAUCCUGAUGAAGUGGAUUUGUCAGGUCUUGUGGAGUCCAUUGUUGAUAGCGAUGAGGAGGAAGAUCUGGCAGAAAGCAUGGACAGUUUAACGGUACGUGAUCCUGUACGAGAAUGUUUAGAGAAAGAUCCUGUUGAGAGAACAGAAGACGACAUAGAAACGCUUUUAGAAUUUACGCAACAAUUAAAAGCUUUCACAAAUAUGACUAUGGCUGUUAGAAGAGCGCUGUGCGCUGUGAUGGUGUUUGCGGUAGUCGAUCGUGCUGGAAUGGUGGUCCUGAAUGACGGCGAGGAACUCGACAGUUGGAGCGUGUUAAUCAACGGUGCUGUUGAGAUUGAGCAUAGCAAUGGUGAGAUUGAACAACUCGGUCUCGGUGAUAGCUUUGGUAUCUUGCCUACUAUGGAGAGGCUGCUACAUCGUGGAGUUAUGAGAACAAAGUGCGACGAUUGUCAAUUUGUUUGUGUCACGCAGGCAGAUUAUUUUCGAAUACAACAUCAAGGCGAAGAGAAUACCAGGAGACAUGAAGAGAAUGGAAGGGUAAUUUUAGUGACUGAAUUGCGGGGAGCUUUGGAUGGUGCAGCGCGAAGAGGUCACGUGGUGAUUCGGGGAACGCCAGAGCGUUUGAUGUUACAGCUCAUUGAAGAAAACAGUAUUACAGAUCCUACUUAUGUGGAAGAUUUUUUAUUGACUCAUCGAACGUUUAUUGAUAGUCCGUUGUUAGUCGCAAGUCAACUGUUGGAGUGGUUUGAUCAAGCACAAGUGCGAGAUCGCGUUGCUCGCGUCGUGCUCUUAUGGGUGAAUAAUCAUUUUACCGAUUUCGAGACUGAUCCAGCGAUGAUGGAAUUUUUAGAAGCAUUUGAAACUGGACUGGAAAGAGAGAAAAUGUUAGGACAGCAAAGGUUGUUAAAUAUUGCAUGUGCGGCGAAAGCGAGAACGCGGAAUGUAACGUUAGCCAGGCCAAAUAGGGAUGAGGUCCUAAAUUUUAGCAUUUUAGGAGGAUUUGAGAGAGGUUUUGGUAUAUUUAUCUCAAAAGUUGACAAGAGAUCCAAGGCUGAAGAUGUCGGUUUAAAGAGAGGUGACCAGAUCUUAGAAGUAAACGGCCAAAGUUUCGAGCAUGUAAAUCAUGCGAAAGCUCUUGAUAUUUUGAGGGCUUCUACGCAUCUCAGUAUAACUGUAAAAUCUAAUUUACUUGCUUUCAAAGAAAUGCUUCAAAUGCCAGAUAAUUCUCCGAGACCUCGAGGUAGAACAAGUAAGCCGGAAAUACCGAGGCUUCAAUCAGAUCCACGAGCUAGACUAUCGACACAUGUAGAUCCCAUGACUCCUGUAAAUCCUUUAAAUCCCAUGAUUGGUGGAGUACCAUUAUUAAUCCCGGACAACAAUGUGUCACCGUGUAAAGACUCUAAAAAGGAGCAUAAGGGAUUUAUGACUCUUGGACCUAAACGGCGAUUACAGAAAGCACUUAUGAAAAUGAACAUACUGCCAAAGAAUACGAUCAACGACGGUGUACAUUUGGAUGAUCCUCUUGCUCCACCGCACACACCACCGGGAACAGGGCUUACGCAAACUACUACUAAUCUAUAUCAUUCGAAGAGUAAUCCAGAUCUUACGUCGCUUUAUUGUUACGAUGAUUUGAGAGCAAACGAUUAUCCUGAACAUGUGCUCAAGGUAUAUAAAGCUGAUCAAACCUGCAAAUAUCUUCUUAUUCACAAAGAAACAACGGCGCAUGAGGUAGUAAUGCUUGCACUUCAAGAAUUUGGCAUAACAGAAAGUAGUUCGAAUUUCUCUCUGGCGGAAGUAAGCGUCGGCGAAGGUGGUAUGAUUAAACAGCGUAGAUUACCAGAUCAAUUACAGAAUCUAGCUGAACGGAUCGGAUUAAGCUCUCGAUACUACUUGAAAACUAACGGAAUUUCCGAAACUUUAGUAGCUGACGAUCAAGCUCCGGAACUUAUUCGAGAGUCUCAAGUACACUUUCUGCAAUUGAAUGCCGUGGAAGUAGCAAUACAACUGACUCUGCAAGACUUCAGUAUAUUCAGACAAAUCGAAUCCACGGAGUAUGUGGAUGACCUGUUUGAAUUGAAGAGUAGGUAUGGUGUGCCUAUGCUCAGUCAGUUUGCAGAACUAGUCAACAGAGAAAUGUUCUGGGUUGUAACGGAAGUUUGUUCGGAACAUAAUCUCGUACGGCGCAGUAAGAUUAUAAAGCAAUUUAUUAAAAUAGCGCGUCAAUGCAAGGAGUGCAAGAAUUUCAAUUCCAUGUUCGCGAUCGUAUCCGGUUUAGGUCAUGGCUCAGUAUCGAGAUUAAGAGCUUCAUGGGAAAAACUGCCAACUAAAUAUCAAAGAUUAUUCAGUGAUUUACAAGAAUUAAUGGAUCCCAGCCGUAAUAUGAGUAAAUAUCGACAAUUGGUAGCGUCUGAACAAACACAACCACCCAUAAUACCUUUCUAUCCAGUCGUGAAAAAGGACUUGACCUUUAUACAUCUUGGUAAUGACUCAAGAGUAGAAGGUCUAGUAAAUUUUGAAAAACUCAGAAUGAUCGCGAAGGAAGUGAGAACAUUAACAAAUAUGUGUUCCUCACCUUAUGAUUUACUAACUAUGUUAGAAAGGGGUGGACAACCACCAAGUUCUGCAAUGGUAGCUUUGAACCAAAUGACUACUGGGAAUCAAGGUGGUCAAACUGCAACGGUGAAACGACGAAAAAAAUCCACGGCUGCACCAAAUCCGAAAAAAAUGUUUGAGGAAGCACAGAUGGUUCGAAGAGUGAAGGCCUAUCUCGCGAACAUGAAAGUGAUCACCGAUGAAGAACGGUUACAUCAACUUUCUGUCGAUUGCGAACCACAUGCAGGAGCUGUUGCAGUUGCAGCUGCGGUACCAUUAGGUGGCAGUCGGGGAAGGAGGCAUCCGUCGCCUACUCUGUCGACUACCAGUAGCGCCAGUAGUACCAGUGAAGGCAGGAAGAGUAUACAAGGUACAAAAUUCGGCGCCGCGUCGCCUCAAGCAGUUAGGAAGAUGUUGGCUCUGUCUGAUCCUCACAAGACACGACCAUAUCAACCUAAGCACUGUGCACCACCGCUACCUGUACCGGGAUUAGCGUUGCAUUCAAGCGGUUUAGAGCCUAGUCCAGGUGCACCUAGAAGAGUAGGAUCCGGCAGCAGGGUACCAAUGCACGAACGAUCCCACAGCGAUACACCUGCCAGCUUACCACCGCCUGUCGAUCUCAGUGCAGAGAGCAGUAGUGUAACUAGUUUGAGCAAUCUCCAGCCUCUAAGAAAAACUUUAACAAGUGGUUCGGUGACGAGCAGUGACAGUGGUCAUAGCACUCAACUGGACAGCCACAGCGGGAGCAGCGUGGAAGCGGGCGGCAGCCCACCGCCACCGCAAAGACGGCACUCCGCUCUGCAAGGUACUACGGGAUUAGGCGUAAACAUGGGCCUAGGGAUGCCAGCUCCGCUGCCACCGCCCGGAGCGGGGACCACGACCAUAAUGACGACGAUGGGUGCCAUGGCGGGCAACAUGACGUCGUCGAUACGAUCCGGCAUGAGUAACACACCGCAAUGCCGUCAACCACCGGCGUACAAAGUUGCGCAGCAGAUGGCGAGAUUGCACAGACUCGGUCGUGCUAACAGCCACGAGGGGGUCACCUAUCGAGGCACCGAUCACGAAGAUGAUGACGAGGACGCUCAAGUGUCGGCGGUUUAAAUGAUCUACGAGUUUCGCCGAGUCUCAAUUAUCGUUUAGUUAAUUUUGUCAUACUGUUUCUUUUGCACGGCCAAAAGAGAAAUCGUUGCCGGAUGAUGCUAUGCGCGAACCGUUAAGCGAAAAGAGAAUGCAAGAAAGAUCGAUGACGCUCACGAACUUUCUUCCUAUAACAGCGAAUGUCGUUUCGCGUUUGUAGCAUCCUAAUUCGAUGGCUUUUGGCCCUUAACAUGUCAUGACAUUCUCUUGAGGCGUGGGCCAAUUUUUCAUAUUGAUGGAACCUACUUAGACUUUACUACGA